AUGAAGUUCUUAUCAUUUAAACCACGCACGGAAGCGGAAAAAGCUCAACGACAAACGUUAAAAGAACUAAAACGUGUGGCCAAGAUGCAACGCAAGGAUGCUGCGAAAGAACACAAGGCUCAACAGGCGCUAAUCAAGCAGGAACAAAAGGAAGCCAAGCGACAAGAACAAGAGGCGAGAAAAAGUCAACGAAAAGCGGUCAAAGUGGCGAAAAAGGCGUCGAAAACACGCCUUCGUGUCGCUCAAAAGACGGAAAAAGAACGUGCUCGACGUCUUCGUCAACAACUUCGUCGUGCACGUUUACAAUCAACUGUUGUCGUCCCACCAUUUGCAAAAAGCACGGGCUGCUACGUAUGUGGUAAGAAAUUUGGUCAUACGUUACAUCGACGUCGCCAUCACUGUCGUCAAUGCCGUGAAAGUUGUUGCUUGCAAUGUAUGAGUCAAACACGUCGUUUAAUUCCGCAGUUUGGACUAAAGAAACCACAAAAAGUGUGUGUUGUAUGUGAAACACUGGUCUUUCCGGAACAACCUCGUGAACCAGUAGAAGCAGUUGAGGCUCUUGCUACGAGUCGUCCACCCGUCUUAAGACGACCACAUUCAGCACCAUUACCACCACCAACAGAUGGUGGUGGUGUUACGGUAUCCAUGCCAUCCACACGUCGAGGUCGGACACGCUCGACAAAGAGCAAGAAUGGCUCACUCUGGACGUUACCAAUUCGUCCCUUGCUCAAGAAAAAGAAGAGUGCUGAGCAAAGACGAAAUCGAAACAUGGAUUUAUACUUGCAACUUGAAAAGCAAGCGCUAUUUGGUGGACAAUCCAUUGAGCUACAGCCGCAAGUGAUUGUCCCACCUGCGCCAUAG